AUGGAGCUAAGCAGAAGGAAAGUGCCUCUUUAUGGUCAGGCAAAGGUGUUUGCAUUAUUGGAUGGGGUGGAUUCCAUGCUGGAUGAUGCCGAAGUUUUUAUUGUCCUAGAAGGAUCCACACUGGUACAUGUCACAAGUGCUCAGAUGGAUGUCAUGCUCUGCUUCAUAGUACCUGGGCAUAACCUCUCUGAAGUGGUGUCUGUGCAGGCCUACUUAUGCUCCAAAACCACACCUCCCACAUGGGUGGGUGGCGCAAUGUUGGAGUAUGUCCAAGAUGAUGCGCAGGACCUGGCAGAGUACCUGGUCACCCAUGGAAAUGAUUUGAGCUUCAUGGAUCACAAAGAGCUGAGCAGUCUCUUCAACCUGGGCCAUCAGAGCUCACGCUGGGCUAUGGAUCGAAACAUAGCCCUCGCUAUGGCCAACCUGGAUAUCCCUCCAAACUGGAAUGUUCUUGGGUGUGCCAGCAGAGAUGAUCACAGCCCCAAGGAGUCUUUGCUCCACCUGGCUGUGCGAUGGGGUCUGUGUCGAUUGGCUGAGCUGCUGCUCUGUCAGCCUGGUGGCCUGAUGGCUAUCAGUCUUCCAAACAAGGAGGGAGUCACGCCACUGCAGCUGGCACACUCAUCAGGCAACAGAGAACUGCUGGAGCUCCUCAUGCACCCACCCAACCCUUUAGCCACACCUCCUGCAGGACUAUCGCAGGUGUGGGCUGACCGCUCCCGAUUAUUGAGGUACUGUCACGACACAGGGAAUCUGACACUGACCAUCAGACAAAAUCUGAAGUGGAGCUCAGAAGAGAGCAGGCAUGCUGAUAUUCAAUUGCUCAGAAACAGACUAAGAAAUGAGUGCUUCCUCAGAGAGAUUAAAGCGCUAAGAAAGGAACGAAGAGAGACUAUUUUCGGCAAAGAGCAACUGGUGGAUGAUCCUGCAGAAACCGGACUUUUCCCUGAUAUGAGUGGAAAUAAUCUGGCUGCAGACGAUAAUGGCUACGAGGAACCGCUGAUGUUUUGCCUCAAUCCAGAGGACCAAGAGGACGACGAGCACUCUGACUCUGAAAAAAGCCAGUCCAUAGGCCAGAGCCAAGCCUCGUCACCGACUCUCGCUGCUGCUGCCAGGCUGUCAGCGAUGAUCCACGGGAAAGACAGAGUAUAUGCCAACGCGAUGGUGGUGGACCAGGUGGAUGAUGUUGAUAUUAAAUAUCGCUCUCGCCCAGCGCCUGAUGUUGGCAGCUCUUGCUGGGACCCUUUCACCAUGACACCGUUUGACACAAGCUCCUGUUCCAAAAAUCGCCCGUCCACACCGCAAAAUAGCAAGAGGGCUAUCCGAAGCCCAGUCCCAGAGAAUUCCGUCGUCUCUCCGGCUUCCCCCUUAGCUUCCCCCCCAUCUUUCCCGUCCUCCCCCCUGGCUUCCGCCUUCCGUUUGUUUGAAGGAGGACAGAAGCGACAACCGCAAACCAGACUUCCAGUCUCUCCCGGUAGAGAAUGCAACUUGCCAGCGACGACCCGUGGACUGAGCCCUAGCCUUGAGUGUGACAGUGGGGAAGAGGACAUACUCGGCCAUUCUUACCCCUGCACUGCUUCAAGGCUGCAGUCCAGCUCCCCAGACCUUAACCACUCUCACUCCAACAGCACAAAAAAACCCACUCAGAACCCAGAAGAAGGCGAGAUUCGACUGCGCUCGUACUCCUACUCCUCCCCCAAGGCGAAGCCCUCACGCCCCUUGCUAAACAGAGACGCAACCAUCACUGAUCUAGCGGAAGAUGGCGCAUUCAGCAGCGGUGGUCGUUCUCUACUUCAGGCUUUAUCUCUCUCUAAAUCACUCUCUCGACUCAACCAAGUUAAACAGAGUGUGCUGAACCUGACUGAGACUUCCAAAGAAAAAAGGGUUUUGGGUUUCCGUAAGCGGGCCCAGUCAGCAGAGGAGGAGAGCAGCGCAUCGCUCCAACACCUCACUCUUACAGAGUUCCUUAAAGAGAUUGAGGAUGAAGAGUGGGACAAAUACAUUAUUCCAUCCAAAGUGGAGUCAGAGAAGUACAAAGUGAGCCGGACCUUCAGUUUCCUCAAGAGCAGGAUGUCAAGCACGCGCAACAAAACCAAGGUGAAGUCUUUUCAGGUUAAGGACGGGAAGGACAAGAGCGGAGCUGUGAAUGGGCACCAGUUCGUUCCUGCAUCUCCGUCUGGUCCUUUUGUCUGUGUGGCCUGUGAUAAGCCUGUUUCUGGAAAGGAGCUGCUGCAGUGCUCCAACUGUUUUUUGAACAUCCACAAGAACUGUCGAGACUCCGUUGCACCAUGCGGAAAGAAGCUGCACGAGAAGAAUGCAUUGAUGUUGAAAAGCAAAACAUUGUCUCUCCCACAGAGUUAUGUGAAAGACAACUCUUCCUGUUCUCCUGUUGCCUCCACGUCAGUUUCCUCUUCUUCAUCACUUAUAACAAUGACCAAAGAAAAGCGAGAAACACACACCCCUCUCUCCAAAAGCCUCUCUGUUUCUUUGGAGAGCAGACGGCUGAGUGACACAGCAGGAAUGGAGGUGGAUUCUAUUUCUGCAAAUAACACCUCACCGUCUGACGAGGGUACCCCAAUUACAGCGACUCCUACUUCAGCUGACCCACCAAUCAUCUCACAGGAUGAUGUUGAAGCCCCUCUACUGAGUGAUCUGUCAGCCAACCUGCUGGGACUUGAUGCUGAGUCAUGGAGUCUUGCGGUCAGUCCAGACUUCUGCAGGCAGCACGACAGACGCGUCAUCAAACGCCAGGAUGUCAUUUAUGAACUAAUGCAGACAGAGCUGCACCACAUCCAGGCUUUGACAGUCAUGUCAGAAGUGUUCAGACGAGGCAUGCUGGAGGAGCUGCAGCUGGACUGGGAGUGUGUGGCCAGAAUCUUUCCAUGCUUGGAUUCCUUGCUGCUCUUUCAUAGGAACCUCUUUGGAUCGCUGCAGGAGUGCAGACAAGCUUCUACGCAACCUGAGAAUCAGAGAAAUUAUCUCAUACAUCAGAUUGGUGACAUCCUGCUUCAGCAGUUCUCAGAUGAAAAUGCUGAGAAUAUGAAGCAAGUAUAUGGAGAUUUCUGCAGCCACCACAUGGAAGCUGUCAACGUAUUCAAAGAGCUCCAGCAACAGAAUAAGAAACUGCAGAAUUUUGUCAAACAACAGAACAAUAACUCACUAGUCAGGAGAAGAGGGAUUCCAGAGUUCAUCCUUUUAGUCACCCAGCGCAUCACCAAAUACCCUGUCUUGUUGGAGAGGAUAUUACAUUACACUCAAGAAGGCAGUCAAGAACACUCAGACUUGUCAAGUGCUCUGGCUCAGAUACGUGAUAUUAUCGCGGCAGUGGACCUGACUGUGAGUGAGUACGAGAGAUCUCAGGAGCUGCAGGAAGUGCUCACCCGGUUGGAGAAUAAGAGUUUUGCCAAACUAAAGAGUGGCAAGGAGGUUCGCAAGCAGGAUCUGCACGGCAAACACAGAAAUCUACAGCACAAGGGAUUGCUUUACUGGAAGACUGCUACUGGCCGCCUAAAAGAUACACUGGCCCUCUUGCUUACAGAUGUUCUGGUGUUCCUGCAAGAGAAAGAUCAACGCUUUGUAUUUGCGGCUGUGGACCAGAAGCCUCCUGUGAUCCCACUGCAGAAGCUCAUCGUUAGAGAAGUAGCCAAUGAGGAACGAGGGUUGUUCCUCAUCUCUGCUUCUUCAGCUGGACCAGAGAUGUAUGAAGUUCACACCACCACCAAAGAAGAGAGAAAUGCCUGGAUGAAACAAAUACGACAGGCUGUCGAGAGUUGUCCAGUGAAGGAAGAGGAGGAGGAGCGCAGCGCCGAAUCAGCAGAGGCCAAGCGAGAAGCGGAAGCCAAGGUUCAAAAAAUCUCAAAGUUCCAAGAGACAUUGUUGAAUCGGGACCAGCGCAUCUGCAACAGCUUGGAAGAGAAGUUACAGUUAUAUGCUGAACUCACAGAUUUAACCCUACGCUCUCCAGAAGCCAUACCACAUCGCCACCUGCUGGUACAAGCAGACAUUGAUCGUGAGGCACCCAUACAGGCCUCAACGCUGCUCUCGGCCGCGCUCAGAGAAGCAGAGAACCUGAUUACCAUUCUACAGGUUCAUGAUGGAGUUCCUGUCCAAAGUGACAGCUCUCUUAUCUGUGGGCCUGAGUCCUGCAACUACAAUAGCCACGGUAGCAGCAUCCUUGAGUCUCCAUCAGAACCGGAUUAUCUGAGCACACUCAGUGUGAGCUCCAACUCUCUUGGAUCGGACAGUGAGGGGACAGGGAUGGAUGGAGUGUUGUGGACCUCUGCGGCUGAGCUGAAAAAAGCAGACACCAAAGAAACUCUGUUAAAGGUUGCAGAGAGUGUGCAGAGUCUGACUCAACUUCUUUACAGUCUACAGGCUACUGUGACCCUUCAGGACAGCUGUUUGGAGAUCCAGAAAAUUCUCCUUCAGGAAGGAGACAAAUCUCAGCUCAGGACCUUUGCCUCCCUCCAAAACAGCCUGGAGCAGGAGAAGCAGACUGGCAUUGAUAAGAAAAAAGAGGACGUUGAAAAGAAGGGUUCAGAGAAGAAGAAGGAAGACGUGGAUGAUGUGCAGAAACUUCAUUUGAAACUGAAACAAGACCAGCAGCGCUGGGAUAAGGAGUGUGCAGCCAAAGAAAAACAGCAGACAGAGCAGGAGAGUGCACUGGAGAAGCGUGAGCAGAAUUGCCUCAUGGAGGCAGAGCGGCUGCGUUGUGAGCGAGAGGAGCUCGAAACUCAGCUGCUGGAGUACCGCACCAGUAUGGAUAGACUUCGAGAGGGCCAGCAGAAUGUGGAUAGGGAGAAGGAGAAGCUUGAAGCCCAGCAGAGGCUCCUCCAGAGCUGGAGACACAACAGGCAGAGCAGUCUGCCUGUUACCAUACCACUGGAUGGAUACAAGGUGCCAAGUCACAGUCGCUCAGGCAGCCUGGACGGCACCUGCUGGACGUACGAGAAUGACGCUGCUCUACUGGCAUCACUUCAGAGGAACCAACCCCCGAACAAAAACCCACAGCAGUACCUACCCUCUGUCUCGCGGAGAAACAACGACGGCCUCCGGCAAGCCUCCAGCUACGGCACUGAUAUUAGCCUCAGCGCCAGCCUCUACAACAGCCUCAAUACCCUGCUCAGCCAAACCCACAGAAAACAAUCUCAGGAUGGUCUCACAUACCCUAAUUACAACAAGAACCAUGGCUUCGGCCAGUCAGCCAACACUUCUGUCAAUCCCUUCAGCAGCAGAGGAACUGUGCAGCCACAGAGCACCAGCAAGCACUUGAGUCCACAGUUGGAUCAACAUUCCGUGGAGGCCUGGAGGCCCGAGAUCCCCGGUCAAGACCUUUAUGAAAACACCUACUCUUCCUCCUCUCCCUCGCUCACGCCCCUCCUGCCCACGCAGUCCUACCUCUCUCUCGAAGGACAUCUCAGUGAGGACGGAGGCGAGGAGAACAUUGUUUACCUCUGA